AUGGGAUAACCUAAAGCAAUAAUGUGUGCAGUUGAAAAAUAUUGUUUAGAUCAAGCAACAAAUACUUGCUAGUUAAUCAAUACAAAAAAUGGGAUGUGUAUUGAUAAAAAUGGCUUUUGUGUAUAAAAUGGAUCCUGUUUUAAUUGUGAAUUAAAUUAAUGCUUGUCUCAAUCUAAUAAAAAUACAUGUUAAGACCUUUUAUAACCAUCAAUUACGUAUUGCAAGGAUAGCUAAGGAUUUUGUUAAAAUCUAGAUUCUGGCCUUUGCGAUAUCUGUCCUGAUAAUUAUUGCUUUAUUAAUAAAUUAUGUUUAAAUUAUAAAAGUUUAUUAAAGUUAAUAAAUAACGGAUAGUGUUUUGAACAAAUCAAAAAGUUAAAAACCUGUGUAAUUUAAAAUUUAAAUGUACCAAACUAGAAUGGAAAUAUGAAUUGUAUGAAUAAUUAAAGCUUUUGUUAAGAUAUAUCAAUUAAUAAUAAUGAAUGUUUAUCUUGUCCUAUGUACUUUAUAAAUCCAGGAGAUUAAAAAUGUUAUAGUUUAGAAUAAAAGUUAGAGCAUUCACCUGAUUCUUAAUAAGUAUACUUUGGAAUGUAGUUGAUUUAUGUUAAAUAAGACUGUUAUGAUUAAAAUUUCUGCCUGGUAAAUUAAUCUCUCAAGUGUCCAUAAGG